AUGAAGGUGUCGGCCCGGCUGAUGACUCGGCUGGAUGGCGGUCGGUCGGCGUCGACGCCAUCGCUGGCGAUGGUGGCGGGGAGCGGGGUCGGUGGCGGAGAUGUGGCGGGCAACGGAGACGGUGGCCUUGCUAUGCGGUCGCGGACCUCGUCGCCGGCAAGCCUGCGAGCCGCAACAUCGGGAUCGGCGUCGGCGUCGGUGCCGGGCUCCUCCUCGGGCGCAGGGAUAGCGGUGCGAUGGGCGACGACUUCAAGCAACAUUGUACGCGACGCGCUCGAGGCACAGGACGGAUGGGUCCGGGUCGAGCUCCCGCGGGAGACCGGGGCCCUGGGCGGGAGCGGGGCCCUGAGCUCGAGCGACGAGGGGUGGGAUGUGCUGUGGGGCGACUGCAACACGGUGCGGGACGUAAUGAGCGGGCGGCGGCUGGCGACGGGCGCACGGAUCAACCACUUUCGCAAUCACUACGAGCUGACGCGGAAGGAUCUGAUGACCAAGAACCUCAAGGCGAAGCGGCGGAUGGCGAUGAAGGCCGGCAACGCGGUGGCCGCGGCGUACUACGACAUCCUCCCGGCGUCGUAUGCACUCCCGCAAGACUACGCGCUGUUUCUGGAGGAGUUUCGACGGAGCCGUGGCGCGACGUGGAUCAUGAAGCCGAUUGCGCGCUCGCAGGGCCGCGGCAUCUUUCUGUUUAACAAGCUGUCGCAGGUAUCGUCGUGGCGGAAGAACGCACCCGGGGUGGGCGCGAUGGCGAGCAGUGGGGGUGGGUCGUCGUCGGGGGUGGCGACGCCGGCCGCUGCGGCUGCAGCGUCGGCCGGAGGCGACGCGUACGUUGUCCAGCAGUACGUCACCAACCCAUACUUGAUCGGCGGCAAGAAGUUCGACCUGCGGCUGUACGUGGCAGUUCUCUCGUACUCACCGCUGGUGGUGUACGUAUACCGAUCCGGCUUUGCGCGGUUCUCGUCGGUGCGGUUCAGCGCAGACGCCAGCGAGUUGUCCAACUCGCUGAUGCAUCUGACCAACGUGGCGGUGCAGAAGAAGUCCGCGUCUUACGCCGCCGAGUCGGGCGCCAAGUGGCGGCUGGCGAACCUCAAGCGGUACCUCCUGACGCGGCACUCUGCGUCGACAAUCGACGCGGCUUUUGCGCGGAUCCAAGAGCUGAUUGUGGCCUCGCUCCGUGGAGUCGAGGAGGUCAUUGCGUCGGACAAGGCCGCGUUUGAGCUCUACGGCUACGACGUGCUGCUCGACGACGAGCUGCGGCCGUGGCUCCUCGAAGUCAAUGCCUCGCCGUCGAUGUCUGCCGAGAACCAAGAAGACUACAACCUCAAGUUUGGGCUCAUUUCGGACACGCUCGCCCUGCUCAACCUCGAUGGCCUGCUUCCGACCCGGUAUCCACUGCAAGUCGGCGGCUUUGAUCUCGUGUACUGGAACGGCCCUCCUGCACGGCCUGACCCGCCACUCCUCACCUCGUUCCUUGGCGCGCGCAACGAUCGCGAGACUCAGCUGCCAGAGCUGCUGGGGCCGUCAUACGUGGUGCCGAUGCCCGAGAGCAAGUUCUAGGAUGUGUGUCUGCCGGAUAUGUCCCAAUACCAUGGGUGAGUCUACGCGCGGACGACGCAACCAAGCAUGGCAAGCCAUCGCCUCUGCUCGUGCCGUCGCCCCGUCAUGCCGCUUGCAGAUCAUUACGGCAGUAUGCACAUGCGGAUGCACAUGGAUACGCGCAUGCACAUGCCGACCCAUCACCAUUGCCAUGAGAUCGACAAUAAUCAAUCAUGGCCCCCA